AUUCCGUAUUGGGAUCCAACACUUGACAGCUCUCUUGAUGAUCCUCGAGAUUCCAUUAUCUGGACGGAUAAAUUCUUGGGAAAUAUUAAUGGAAUUGUCGAUUGUGGUCCGUUUGCUAACUGGAGCACACCAGCUGGUCCCCUGAUGAGGAAUGGUGGUUUUAUUAGUAACUUACCAACUACUGAAGACAUAAAUAAUAUUUUGAGCCGAUGGAGACUUGCAGAUAUCACCGAACCAAAUGCGAUUGGUAAAUACAAUUUGGAAUUUCACCACAAUUCUAUGCACAAUUUUAUUGGAGGUCAUUUAGGUCAACCAGAAACUUCUCCUAUGGAUCCAGUUUUCUGGCUAAUCCACAGCUAUAUGGAUCUUCUUAUGAAUCGUUUCAAUGAGAACCAAAAGAAACAUAAUGUCGAUCCUGCAACAGAUUAUCCUAUAAAGUAUGGUUUACCAGUUUAUGCUCCCGAU